UGGGGCGUGGUGGGGGCGGACAGUCGUGACGGACGGGCGUACGGGCCAAUGGCCACGGGAAAGCGGCGGCGGGCGACCAAUGGCGACGGCAUGGAGGCGGGGCGACCGGGGGCUUAACGGUGGAGUGUGGGAAACGGCGGGGUGGGGGGCGGACGGUCGUGACGGACGUGCGCACGGACCAAUGGGCCUGCGCGGCCGGGGGGCAGCCAAUGGCGGCGCUCGGGCCGGGGGCGGGGCGGCGGGGCUGCGCGGAGCAGUGCGGGAAGCGGCGGGGCGGCGGCAGCGGUGCUGAGGUCGGUCCGAGGCCUCCUCCCCGCCCUGCUCCCGCGGCCGGCGCGGCGGGCAUGCGGGCGCGGCCCGCGCGCGCGUGAGAGGAUGGGGACGCAGGGCAGCCCGGUCAAGAGCUACGACUACCUGCUCAAGUUCCUGCUGGUGGGCGACAGCGACGUGGGCAAGGGCGAGAUCCUGGAGAGCCUGCAGGACGGCGCGGCCGAGUCCCCGUACGCCUACAGCAACGGAAUAGACUAUAAGACGACCACCAUCCUGCUGGACGGACGGCGGGUGAAGCUGGAGCUCUGGGACACUUCCGGCCAAGGCAGGUUCUGCACCAUCUUCAGGUCCUACUCGAGGGGCGCACAGGGUAUCCUCCUGGUGUAUGACAUCACCAACCGCUGGUCCUUUGAUGGCAUAGACCGGUGGAUCAAGGAGAUCGAUGAGCAUGCGCCUGGGGUUCCCCGGAUCCUGGUUGGGAACCGGCUGCACCUGGCCUUCAAGCGGCAAGUCCCAACAGAGCAGGCGCGUGCCUACGCGGAGAAGAAUGGCAUGACUUUCUUUGAGGUCAGCCCACUGUGCAAUUUCAAUGUCAUCGAGUCCUUCACCGAGCUGUCCCGCAUCGUGCUGAUGAGGCACGGCAUGGAGAAGAUCUGGAGGCCCAACCGAGUGUUCAGCCUGCAGGACCUCUGCUGUCGGGCCAUUGUGUCCUGCACCCCCGUGCACCUCAUCGACAAGCUCCCGCUGCCGGUCACCAUCAAGAGCCACCUCAAGUCCUUCUCCAUGGCCAAUGGCAUGAAUGCCGUCAUGAUGCACGGCCGUUCCUACUCGCUGGCCAGCGGGGCGGGGGGCAGCAGCAAGGGCAACAGCCUCAAGAGGUCCAAGUCCAUCCGCCCGCCCCAGAGCCCGCCCCAGAACUGCUCCAGGAGCAACUGCAAGAUCUCGUAGCGGGCAGGCUGGGCGCCCGCCGUCCAAUGCGCUCUGCGAGGGCUUGCGCUUGGGGAAUGCGUCUGGCCGGGCGCCAGGCCGGGCGCCGUGUCAGGGAGGGCUGUGGCCACGCC